AUGGUGGACAGCUGUUGUCCUGGAAACGCCAAUGCCAUUCCAGCUGUGCCCACCAUCUCCGUAUGCUCAAAUGGUGGCAGCUUCAGAAAUAGUAUCUGUUUGCCUAGUUCCUGUCACAGCAGAACGUGGCAACGGGUUACAUGCCAAGAAAACUGUCAGUCAUGCUGCAGUGCCCCAAGUGGCUGUGAACCUGCUUCUUGCCAACCUACCUGCCUUCCAGUAACUUCUUGUGUGGGUUUUGUUUGCCAACCCAUUUGCUCCUGCAUGGCCUGCUAUGAAUCUGGCACUGGUCAGUCUCCUUGUCUGGUUAGCUCAUGCCAGCCCUCUUGCUCGGAAUCCAUCGGUGGUCAGGCAAAGUGCUGUGAAGCCAGCUCCUGCCAACAAAGCUCCUGCCAGCAACCUGUCUACACAUCUGGAUCGUGCCAGGUAGCUUGUGGCCAAUCAGCCUGCUGUGAUGCUAGGUCCUGCCAGCCAUCCUGCUCUGAGGUAACUUCCUGUCCUGAAACAUCUUGCCCACCGACUGCCUGUGUGGCUCGUCUGUGCCAGCCAACUUGCUGCCAAGCAGGUUCAUGCCAAGCCAUUAGUGGUGAAGAUCGGCCCUGCAAGUCAACUUAUUACCAACCGAUCCGCUACAUUUUCAAGCGUUGCCGAUCAGUUCCCUGCCAGCUGUCUACUUGUGUGUUCAGUUCUUGCAAUCCUACUUGCUGUGUGUCCUUCCCUUGCCAGACACUUCACUACAAACCAGUUCCUUCCAUAUCCUUCAUCUGCCAGCCAGGGGCUAACGGCCAGCCCCCUUGAUCGGUAAAGGACCCUUACAAACUAGCUUCCUGUGACACCAUGCUUUCUGGCCAACCAAAUUGUGGUGAACCCUCUUCCUUCAAUCAGAGUGGCCAAUCCCCUUCCUGCCAACCAGCUUGCUGUGUGACAGGUUUUGGCAAAUCAUCCAGUGGUGGCUCCAAUUGCUUCUCACCAACUGCCCCAAGUCUCCGCAAAGCCAGCACCUGCUUGCUGACUUCCUGCCACCCCAGCUAUGAGUCCAGCAGAAGUAAGGCAACAUUUCAUUGA